GCAUUACACGCUGUAUUUAUGCGUCCUGUUUUGAAUUUUUUUGUGACUUUUUAAACUUGUUUUGCUUUUUCAAUUGUGAUGUCACAUGAUUAAUUAUUCAAUUUUGUAACUGACCAAUCACUGUGAUCGUGUGGUGUUAAAAGCUUUUCACUGUUUCACUGGAAUAUGCUUGACAAAGGGGACCUUCCCCGAAACGUUGCAUCGUGUGCAAAUAAAUAUACGCAAGGGUUUCCCUGCUUGAACAUGCUGUGAGUGCCAUUUGCUUUCUUCUUUCGUUGUAUGAGGAGGGUGCCGAUCCUUCCAAGCAAUUGAGCACCUGGCGGAUCUUUAGAAGGCCUGGGUGUGCGAGUUUGCCAUACUUUCUCUUUCUUCCCUAGACCAGUGCAUGUUCUUCCUAAAAGGAGCACCGGCCCAGGGAAAAGCUACUGGCGUCUAAACAUUCGCUCUGGGAUUUAAGCGUUACAUUUAUUUUGCAGGAUCCGUGUGGCAUGUCACACAACUCAGUUUAUCAGCAGAUCCUUUAGGACAACAGGUGCAUCUCAUUCUAAGGGCCGUCUAGCUGAUAUGAAUGAAGGGAAUACAUUUAUCCAUGUUAAUGACGGUGUGUGGUAAUAUGGGGCAUGUUCUCAGCAUUUAGCUACACUUUCCCUUCUUGCCAUCUGCAUACUUUAUCCUUCAUUGCUGAUCUGAUCCUCCUAGCGCUGUAAUUAUGGGACACCAGAGAAAAAUGGAAAAUGUCAGGGAAUACAGAUAUUCCACAGACACCUGUCCCUUAUGUGUCACACGACAACCCCACAGACCAAGAACUUGUUAAUUGGCUGAGGGAACUUGGAGCUACUGACGAUGCAGUAAACCAGUUUGUGGAAGAAGAAUACACCCUGUAUAAUGUACUGCAUGAUAUCACCAAAGAUGAUCUGAAAUCACUCAGACUCAGGCCUAUGUUCUCCAAAGAACCACAGAAUUCCACUAAUAAUAACAGGGGCUGACAGAAAUCAAAGGACAGUGGCUGAAAGAAAAGUCUAAUUCAAGACUGCGGGACAAGGUGUUAAAGCCAAAUAUGAAACAUGAUUCACUCAGUGAAUAGGACAAGCACAAACCUUGGCUAUAAUCACCCUUUUAUACAUUCUGUCUCAUUAUGUUAUAAUAUUAUAAGAUAAUCCUAAGGGCACAUAUAACAGAAGAUUUUGUGCUGUUUCAGACUCCAUGUGCUCAUUUAUUUGGGGCUCCUGCACAGUAACCUCUCCCCAUCUGCACUAAACAUUCCUCACAAUCCCCUAAAUCUCAGCUGAAAAGGUGGAGUGUUGUUAGACACCUCGUCUGGUCAUUUCACUUUCUGAUCCUGGUGCUGAUCAACAAACAAGAGCUUGAGCACUUGGAACCAGUCUAUUCUUUGCUUCCAGUCCCAGUACAAGGGUUCCUGGUCAGAAAUUGCAGUUAGAGAACCAGUGACAUAAAACGAAGCAGCCACCAACCCUGCUGCCCAGCUCUGCCUUUUCAAUUGAAGUAGGGGGAGCAGAACAGUUCUAGGGUGUCUCUUUGGUGCAGUUUAGAGGAGGGGUGACUGUGCUGGGGCCCCAUUAAAAUUACCAGUAAAGCCAAAUGUGACUCCACUCUUUCAAAUAUAUAUGGGCCAUUAAUUAUAGGCACAUAGUCUGAAAGUAUGAGAAGACUACCCUAUAUUUACUCCUGCCUGACUUAUGGCUUCUUUGUCUGUAUGACACCACAGUAUUUAGGUGCGGCUCUUGUAGGGUAUUGGAGCCUAUUAAUGUCCACAGGUAUUUGUACAGGUAUGGGACCUAUUAUCCAGAAUGCUCGGGACCUGGGGUUUUCCAGAUAAGUGAUCUUUCCAUAAUUUUGAUCUUCAUACUUUAAGUCUACUAGAAAAUCAUGUAAACAUUAA